AACAGAAGAAGCGCAGGAGUCAUAACCCGGAUGAAAUUGUUUCUCUGGUUCUUGAGUUUUUGCGCUGUCAACUGAACAUCUGUCUGAAUAAACGAAAAUGCCAGGAGCAGAUAAAGAGACUGACCUGUCCGAACGCAUUGAAGCCUUUCUGACGGAGCUGAAGCGCUGCGGUAGCGGGACUGGAUCUCUCCGGGGCUCCGCGGAAACUGCCCGAGAAACGAGCGCUUUACUCCGCAGAAUCACCGCGCAGGCCCGCUGGAGCAGCGCCGGUGAGCUGAUGGAGAUCAUACGGAAAGAGGGCAGACGCAUGACAGCUGCACAGCCGUCAGAAACCACCGUGGGUAACAUGAUCCGCAGGGUGCUGAAAAUUAUUCGUGAAGAAUAUGCAAGGUCAAAAGGCAGCAGCGAGGAGAUGGAUCAGCAGGAAUCGUUGCACAAGCUUCUGACAUCUGGAGGAUCCAGCGAGGACAACUUCAGACAGCACUUCGCUCAUCUAAAAGCCAAUGUGAUUGAAGCCAUCAAUGAACUGCUGACAGAACUGGAGGGCACCACGGACAACAUCUCCAUGCAGGCCCUUGAACACAUUCACUCCAAUGAGGUCAUCAUGACCAUCGGACGCUCCAGAACAGUGGAGGCUUUCCUUAAAGACGCAGCGCGAAAGCGCAAAUUCCACGUUAUGGUCGCAGAAUGUGCACCCUUCUGUCAGGGACAUGAAAUGGCCUUGAGUCUUUCCAAAGAGGACAUUGAGACGACGGUCAUACCAGACGCUGCCAUUUUUGCUGUGAUGUCACGAGUGAAUAAGGUUAUUAUUGGCACACAGACAGUUCUGGCUAAUGGAGGUCUGCGAGCGGUUAACGGCACACACACAUUGGCUCUUGCUGCCAAACACCAUUCGACUCCUCUUAUCGUGUGCGCGCCCAUGUUUAAGCUCUCGCCACAGUUUCCUAAUGAGGACGACACCUUUCAUAAGUUUGUUUCACCACAUGAAGUUCUUCCUUUCACUGAAGGUGAGAUUUUGUCGAAGGUCAACGCUCACUGUCCAGUAUUUGACUACGUCCCUCCAGAACUGAUCACGCUUUUCAUCUCCAACAUCGGUGGACACGCUCCAUCAUAUAUUUACCGCCUGAUUAGUGAACUUUAUCACCUUGAAGAUCACGAACUUUAGAUUGGAAAUAAAGAAUCUUUGACUCGCAUGUUAA